AUGGGUCGCCGCAAGUCCAAACGUAAAGGACCACCACGGCGACAGAAUAUUGUGCCGCUGCCUGUACUUUUCGAUUGUCCUUUUUGCAAUCACAAACAAGCCUGCGAAGUGAAAAUGGAUAAGGAGCGAAAAAUAGGACGUGUUAGCUGUACUGUCUGCUUGGAAAAGUAUCAGACGUCCGUCAACUUGCUAUCGGAGCCAAUCGAUGUCUUCAAUGAUUGGAUUAGAGAUUGGAUUGAUGCCUGCGAGGAGGAAAACUAA